UUUCUUCUCUUCUCUCUUCUUAUUUAGUCCUCACUUUUUCCCUGCCCUUUCUGAAGUCAGUCUUACUUUCUCUCACAAAAAUUUGCGCUCCAAGGAAAAAAAAUGGCACCUUUCAUGUCCCUCUCUGUGUUAUUUCUCUUUCUCCACUACCCCUUUUUAUCCCUUUCAACCAACUCUGAAGGGAAUGCUUUGCAUGCUUUGAGAAGCAGGCUUUCUGACCCCAACAACGUGCUGCAGAGUUGGGACCCAACUCUGGUUAAUCCUUGUACUUGGUUCCAUGUUACCUGUAACUCCAACAAUCAUGUGAUUCGCUUAGACUUGGGUAAUUCUAACGUUUCUGGAACUCUGGGCCCAGAACUUGGCCAGCUAAAUCAUCUGCAGUAUCUGGAGCUCUAUAAGAAUGACUUGAGAGGACAGAUUCCUGAGGAACUCAGUAACUUGAAAUCGCUUAUUAGCAUGGAUUUCUAUGAUAACAAUUUUGAGGGGAAGAUCCCAAAGUCAUUUGGCAAGUUGAAGUCACUUAAAUUCAUGCGGCUAAGCAGCAACAAGUUGACAGGAUCAAUCCCAAGAGAACUCACUGUUCUCACUAAUCUCAAAGUCUUUGAUGUUUCUAAUAAUGACCUAUGUGGAACAAUACCAGUAGAUGGCAAUUUUGAAUCUUUCCCAGUGGAAAGUUUUGAAAACAACAGGUUUAGUGGUCCCGAGCUAAAAGGACUUGUUCCAUAUGAUUUUGGAUGCUGAAGAUAAAAGUCGCAUAUUAUCUAAAGUAAGACUGCGAUGCAGAGGCUUAGUUUACGUAGGGAGUAU